UGAGUUGAAAUUUCUAUAUUUUAUUUAUUAAUUUAUUUUUAACUUAUUUAUCUUCAAUAUGAUUGGAUGAUGAAUUAUUUAACCCAAACUUUAUUAUGGGUAACCCAGAAAAUAUAAUACCAGUCAUUUACAACUGAUUCCUAAUUUACGUUAAAAUGAUUCUAUCCUAAUUAAUAUCAAAUACAAUGAUUCUAUUCUAUAAGGGGAAACAUGGCAGAUUACCUCUUCAACACAUAUCUCCUUGCUUGUGUACUUUUGUGAACAGUCACACCAAAACCUUAUCACUAUAAUACUGCUUCCUUCCUUCCACCACCUAUCUAUCUUGCUAUAUUUCUUCACACUACACACUACCAAUGGAGCUCUUCUCAACUCAAUCCCUUCUCUUCUUCUUCUUCUUCUUCUUCUUCUCCCUUCUCCUCUUCAUCUACUUCUACCUUCAAUCCCUCAGGCUCACCACAAAUAACAAGACAGGAUUCAAAAUCUACCCUCUAAUCGGCUGCAUGCCGGAAUUUCUCAUGAACCGUCACCGCUUCCUCGACUGGUCCACCGAAGUCCUCCGUGACUGCCCCACCAACACCGCCGUCUUCGCCCGCCCCGGCAACGUCCACGGCGUCAUAACCGCCAACCCCGCCAUUGUGGAGCACAUGCUCAAGACCAACUUCGAAAACUACCCAAAGGGCCAAAAAUUCAUCUUCCUCCUCGGAGACUUCCUCGGCACCGGAAUCUUCAACUCCGAUGGCGACCUCUGGAUGAUGCAGAGGAAAACCGCCAGCUACGAAUUCAGCACCAAAUCUCUCCGGAACUUCGUCAUGGAAAACGCCACGGCGGAGAUGAGAGGAAGGCUGUUCCCCAUUCUCGCCAGAGCAGCGGAAACGAACAGGGUCCUCGAUUUGCAGGACAUUCUGGAGCGAUUCGCGUUCGACAAUGUCUGCAAGCUCGCGUUUAACGUCGACCCCGGUUGCCUCGGCGGCGACGGCACCGCCGGAGCCGAGUUCAUGGCGGCGUUUGAAAACGCCACCAUGCUCAGCCAGGGGAGGUUCAUGGCGGCGCUGCCGAUACUGUGGAAGCUGAAUAGGCUCUUCAAAUUGGGACCAGAACGGAGGCUGAGGGAGUCAAUCUCCACCGUCCAUGAGUUUGCAGAUAAGAUCAUACGGUCCAGAUUGGAAGAAGCAGUGGACCCCACCGGAAACAACCAGGAUCUGCUCUCUCGCUUCAUCGGAACAGAGAACUGCUCGCCGGAGUUUCUCCGCUACAUCGUCAUCAGCUUCAUCCUCGCUGGACGCGAUACGACGUCGUCGGCGUUGAGUUGGUUCUUCUGGUUAAUCUCUUCACGACCCGACGUGAGGGAGAAGAUCCGAAACGAGAUCAAAACGGUGCGUAUUGGGAAAACGGAAACGGCGUCGUUUAGUUACGAGGAGUUGAAGGAGAUGCAUUACCUCCACGCGGCGAUUUCCGAGACGAUGAGGCUGUUUCCGCCGGUGCCGGUGGACACGAAGUCGUGCUCAAACGACGACGUUUUGCCAGACGGGACGAGGAUGGGGAAGGGAUGGUUUAUAUCUUAUCAUACCUACGCGAUGGGGAGGAUGGUGAGUGUGUGGGGGGAGGAUUGUGAGGAGUUUCGGCCGGAGAGGUGGUUGGACGGCGGUGGUUUGUGGCGGAGUGAGAGUCCGUUUAAGUUUCCGGUGUUUCAUGCGGGGCCCAGGAUGUGUUUGGGGAAGGAGAUGGCUUAUAUUCAGAUGAAGUAUAUUGCUGCUUCGGUGAUGGAGAUGUUUGAGGUGGAGGCUUUGGAAAAGGACACGUGUCCUGAGCAUGUUUUAUCUUUGACUUUGAGGAUGAAAUGUGGGUUGCCUGUGAGGGUGAGGGUUUUGGUUUGAACUUUGAAGUGAGGUUGCUAGUGAGGGUGUUGGUUCGUAAUAGGUAAGUGAAAUAGGAUCAAAUGGUGAACUUGAAGGGUCUUGAUUUUCCCACCUUAGCACCUAUAAGCUAGUAAUUUUUUAAAAUACUCAAGUUUUAUUGUUUAUCAGGCUUUUGAAAAUACGAUAUUUGUAUUUUUAUAUAUCAAGAUUUAAAAUUUGGUAAUGUAUUUUUUAAAAAUGUGUUUUUCUACAUACUAAGUUUUAAACUAGUGGAUGCAUGUCUAAAUGACUCAUGAUAAAAUUUGGGUUAAAUAACUCAUCAUCCAAUCACAUUGGAGAUAAGUGAGGUGGAAUUUUUAUAUUUUAUUUAUUAAUUUAUUUCCAACUCAUUUAUCUCUAAUGUGAUUGGAUGAUGGGUUAUUUAACCCAAACUUUAUCAUGGGUCAUUUAGACAAUCCCUUUAAACUAUGAUAAUGUAUUUUUGGGAAGUUUGUUUUUUACAUUUUGUCGGUAGAUAGUUUGUUUUUACAUAUUUGUAAGGAAUGUGUUUUUUAACAUACAGAAUUCUAAAAUCCAAUUAUAUUUUUAAGAAAUGUGGGAAAUGUGCUUUACAUACCAGAUUUUAGUUAGUGUCUUUUCAAUCUAAUGGGCUUUAAAACUCGGAUCGUAAUAUGUAUCUACCCAGAAAAGCAGGUAGAAGAAUUUUAAACACUGGAAUUUUCUUAUUCCCCAUAAAACAUAGAAGGUGGGAUGAGAGGUGAGAAUGUGGAAAACAUAUGAUAGGAGGUGUGAUUUUGGAAUUUUCAAAAUGUGGAAAACAUAUGAUAGGAGGUGUGAUUUUGGAAUUUUCAAAAAGAAUGUAGGGUGUGAAUUGGAGUGCUUAUAGCAUUUCCAAUGGGAGUAUGUAAUGUCAAAUACAUACUUCCACCAAUAUCUAUUACUAUUGAAGCAUAUUUUUAAUUCCAACAUGACUAGUGAGAGUAUGUGAGAAUAGAUACUCAAUUUAGUCAUGAAAAGUGUGUUUGCAUUUAUA